UAUCGUAUUAUCGAGUGUUUGCGCCGCAGCAGCUUAGCUCUGGCCACAGUAGUCUGUACCUCGUUUGACUACCUUCACAACUUUACUAACGAGACGCUGUUAAAUCACAGUCACUUAUUCACUUAUCCGUCAUCUCAUACUCCCGUGGUCAUAGUGGACGUGGUGUCGUGAUCGUCCGUAAUAAAACCGACAUCAGGAUCCCUCCGCGCUAGGCAUGCCCGUCAAAGUGGACAUAACGCCCAGACCUCCGGCAAAUUCAAAACAACUAGGGGUCACCGGAUCUAUACUGUACAGCGGAUCGAAAUUUCAAGGGUUCCAGAGGUCCAAAGGAAACAGCUACGAGGUGGAAGUUGUACUGCAGUAUGUCGACGAGCAAAACGGUUAUCUGUGCGGUUAUCUAAAAAUUAAAGGUCUUACAGAAGAGUUUCCCAAUUUGACUACUUAUUUUGAUGGAGAAAUUAUUAACAGAAGAUGUCCGUUUUUGACGAGAAAAUGGGAUGCUGACGAAGAAGUUGACAAGAAACAUUGGAACAAAUUUGCUGCAUUUUGUCAGUACGCUAAGACUUUCAAUUCUGAUGAAUUUGACUAUUACGAACUAGAAAAUGCCGAUCAUGUAUUUAUGCGUUGGAAAGAGCAUUUUUUAGUACCCGAUCACACCAUACGUGAUAUUAGUGGUGCGUCAUUUGCUGGUUUCUAUUAUAUAUGUUUUCAGAAAUCAACUUCAUCUAUUGAAGGAUAUUACUAUCAUCGAAGUUCUGAAUGGUAUCAAACAUUAUGCUUAACACACGUCCCAGAACACAGUACUCAGAUCUACGAAUUUAGGUGAUUCAAAGAAUACUUACUCAAAAUAUUACAAUGAAAAUAGUACAGGAGUACCUACAUGAAAUUACCUCAAAGCUUUUAGUGUUGUCUAAAGCUUACUGUGAUUUUUUUUAAGCAUUUUUCCUUUUUAAUAGGUAGUUUAUUUUCUACCUAUGUAUUUUAUUAUAAUGAAUGGAUAUGAACUACUAAAUUGUGUUGUCUUUGUACAUUACAUAUUUUACAAUAAACAUUUUGCUUAAAUGUUUUUAGUCUUGACAUUUAUCAGUAUAGUUAUAAGCUAUAACCUUAUUUACAUGAAAUAAAGCAUAUUAUAAAUUGUAACUUUUUAUAAUGUAUAACCAAUACAAAAUUGAUAGAUGUUAGGUGUAUUAAAACAAUGAUAAAUAUGUUUUCAUUGAUAUUUUUAAUUUAAUCUAUAAUGAAACAGUAUUUAUUGUUACAUUUAAAUAUAUAUUCAUAUUAUGUUAUAUUUUUUGUACACUGAUGAUAUAAUUAAUUGUAUGUAAAAAGAAUAAUGUAUUGAUGAAUUUUAAUAGAACAUGUGACUUGCCGUAAUAAAAUAUACUCAAUAUGCUGUUAUUGUGUAAAUGUAAAAUAAUAUUAAUAGCAAUUAUUGUAUUGUAGAAUAUAUUAAAAAUUGUUUACCAAAUAUUGUAACCUAUCUCUUUUUCUUGUACCUAUAUAUUUAUUUAGAUGAUUAAACUAGAAUACAAAAAUACAACAAAUCAGUAUUAACCAUAAUAUAAUAAUUAGCAAAUACGUUGUUACUUUGUUUUGUUUUAUUUUAUGUUGUUUUGUCAACUAAUAAAUAUAAUUCUAUUACAUGUAUUAUGUUAUAUGAAUUUGUUAUGUGAUAAUAUUAUUAUUUCUUUUUUAUUAUUGUUAGAACUUAUAUUAUUUAAAAACAGUUUUUGGUGCCAAUUUUUUCAUUAAAAUAAUUUUUAUUUGAUUGACAUAACAACUAAAGUUUUAUUGAAAAAUUACUAGACCGAAUGUAGAAACUAUUAUAGUAUAAAAAUAUAAAAUUAAUUAUGGUUCAACAUUCUUAAAUUUUAAUGAUGUAUAUAACAUAUAAUAAUAUAACAAUUGAGAAGUAUGAUAAUAAACUUGGAAUAUUGACUGACUGUUACCAUGGCCAAGGAUACUUCAUAAAUGAGUCUUAAGGUUGUAUUUUUUAAUAAAAAUGUUCUCUGAAUUCUGAUUUAUUGUUUUAUUUUUAACACUUCAGUAAAUAGGUACUUUACAAAUAGUUUGCCAUUUGUUUUUGUUUUUUUUUUUAAUAGUUAUUAAUUUUCAAUGUAUAAUAAAAUGAUAUCAAAAUAAAAUGAUUUUUUCUUAUAUAUUGUGUAUAUUAUGACAUAACAUAUUUAUUAUUAUUUACUAAACAUUAAACAUAUUUGCUCAGUAUUAUGAAUAAAUGAAUAUUUACGUAUGA